AUGUUCACAAAUCUUAACUUAAAACCACUCAAUAUUUCGCCUUCAUUCUCGAGGUUGCUGACUCAAAAGCAGACAAAGCCUUCUAUGAAGUUGACUGAUGAUCUAGUUUCUCCUUAUGAACAAGGCAAAGAAGAGAGUUCAUGAAGUUAUCUUCCACAAAAGGCAGUGUUUCGUAUCAAGAAAUCUUACGAAAGCGAAGAAAAUAAUACCCUCACGAAUGAUACUUCUUCCACAAAAUCUGAUAAAGAUACACAUAGUACAUCAGGACUUUUCUCAAAAUUCCAUAAAGAUCUUACCUCUUUGGGAAACAUGCUUAAGAGGAGAGAAUCCGUGCUCUGCACGAAGGUAGGUCUAUCUGCCAAGGUUUUGUUCAAAUUAGCAAAUUAA